ACUGAAUGCCUUAAAAUAUACAAUGGAUAUAUCCUGUGAUCUUCCAGUGAAUAGAAUUGUUGACAAUGAAGUCACAAAGUUUUCUGGACAUCAAGCAAAGUAAAACAGCGGUUCGGCUGAAAGAAGACAUGAAAAAGAUAGUCGCAGUGCCGCUACACGAGCAGCGGAAUCCCGCCUAUACCAAGCUGUUUGGAGUCAGUCUCCAGGACCUUCACCGGCAGGGGCUGACCGAGAACGGGGUUCCAGCCAUCGUGGGGAGCAUCGUGGAGUACUUGACCCUACACGGACUCACCCAGGAAGGCCUUUUCCGGGUGAAUGGCAAUGUCAAGGUGGUGGAACAGCUUCGAUGGAAAUUUGAGAGCGGGGUGCCCGUGGAGCUGGGGCGAGAUGGGGACGUGUGCGCGGCGGCCAGCCUGUUAAAGCUCUUCCUGCGGGAGCUGCCCGAGAGUGUGAUCACCUCCACGCUUCAGCCUCGCUUCCUUCAGCUCUGGCAGGAUGACAGAAAUGAUGCUCAGGAGAGUAAGUUAAGAGCCUUAAUAGAAGAGCUGCCAGAUACCCACUACUGCCUCCUCAAGUACCUUUGCCAGUUCUUGACAAAAGUAGCCAAGCACCAUGUGCAGAACCGCAUGAAUGUUCACAAUCUUGCCACUGUAUUUGGGCCAAAUUGCUUUCACGUGCCACCUGGGCUUGAAGGUGUGAAAGAACAAGAUCUCUGCAACAAGAUAAUGGCUAAAAUAUUAGAAAAUUACAAUACCCUGUUUGAAGUAGAGUGUAUGGAAAAUGAUAACCAGAGGUGUGAAAACCUGGCAAGGCUAAUCAUAGUAAAAGAGGCCAAUUGUAAGAACAUCCUUCUAACAAAAGAUUUUGAAAGAGACGCACAAAAGCCAUCUCCAAAAACCAAGAUCCGCAAAUCCAGUAGUGAGGGAUCUAUUUGGACCCACAGGGCACCACACCCAGAGCUGUCUGAGGGCAUUCCUCAGGUCAGCCUGCAGCUAAGUCGGAGAAAAUCCUGCUGGGAUGACAUGAGUUCAGCAGAGGAUGCUAAUGCUACCAAGUUGCUGUCCAGUUCGCAGGAAGAUGAAAGACCUAUGUCACCUUUCUAUUUAAG